AACGUGAAUGAAUCGUUCUUUUGAGUCGGAUCUUUUCAAUGAAACAUGUUCAUAAAGCUAGUCUACUCUAAACCACUCGUUUACUAAUUGUUCAAAGCAAGGAGGCGAUACUUUUACUUUUGGGACGAUAGAAGAAAUAUUACAAAUAAAAAGUACUGGAAAUAUGUUUACAACUUGAGCUGGAAUCAUAACUGUAACAAACAAAACGGGGAUACAGUAACUUACAAUAAACAUGCUUAUUAAAAACGCAGUGAGCCUACAUACGUUUUAUUGGACAACUUUGAUUAAAAUCAGACUUGAAUGCAGGACCCGUUUGAUGACGCAAUUGCGUCAUGACGUAAAAUGGAAUGUUUUUUAAACGAACUGUUCAAAAGAAUCGAUUCCGGAAAAUGAGUCGGACUUUCUAUCGCCAAACACUCUGCCUGUCAUAAACAUUUUUAUAUAUAAUGUCAUACAUUUUAAAUUUCUUAUAAUCUCUAAGUUCUAAAUUGGUUCAUUUUUAUAAGCGCGACCCAAUAAUGAUUUAUUAAAGGGAUGUGAAGUUUGUUCUUUGGUUCCAACGUGUUUAGUAUGUUGCAUGAACUUUCACCUCAGUUCCCACAGCCACGCAGGAUCGUGUGGUUUGACAGGACAGUGACAACACUAACACGAUCUUUAACUUUAACCACAUGGAAACUUUCAUCAGCUUCACUAACCAAAGUCAAGGAAGGGAUCGCAUAUUUAGAGCAACCCAAUAUGCAUGUGCUUUGGCGAAAUACCUUCUGAGAAAUGAAGCGAAGAGAAAAGAGCUGGUGAAAAAGCUGCAAUUUCUGGAGUCUAAUAUGAGUUCGGGGCGGAAGCUAUUCAGGCUUGGGAACACAGUAAACUCGAUCCAUGCGGCCAAGAGCACUCUUCAUAUUUUUGACCCCGUGCUGUGCUUUUGCCUUACUUUUGCCAACCUCAACCGUGCCUUGUAUUUCAUCUGUGACAACUUACUCUGGGCCAGAAGUAUUGGGCUAAUACAAGACAUCGACAAGGAGUGCUGGAGCUUGAACUCCACUCGCUUCUAUUUCCUGUCAUUGGUUAUGAAUCUAACCAGAGACGUCUAUGUGAUCAUCCAGCUUAUGGUGCAGAAGUCUCGGGACCGACACUUCCAGCAAAAAGUCGACCAGCACCUCAAUGAAAGCCCGGAUGUGGCUUGCGUCAUAGUGCCUCAGCUUGAUGCGUUCCUCUUCCUUCUCCUCGAGAGCCUCAGAAAUGAACCAUCUGUGGCUCUCGAUACAGUUAAAAAUGUUUGCGAUCUUUUCAUUCCACUUGACAAACUGGGCAUUUACCAAACAAAUGCAGGGGUGGUGGGCUUCUGUGGCCUUGUUUCUUCUCUUUUAGGUAUAUUGUCAGUUUUGAGGCCCAGCCUCAAAAUCAAGCCUUGAUUUAGGGAAUGAGGAAAAUGCUUUAGGAACAUCCGAAAUGUCUUGUAUAAGAGAACUUUUCUAACAAAUGUUUCGAUUUCAUUUUAGUGUGGAAUUAGGCUACUAUUAAGCUUACUUUUGUAAAGGCAUCAACUUAAUUGUAUAAGAGAGACAGGAGAACAGCACAUACCCAUAAUGCAGCAGUGCACCUGCAGGGCUAUUCUGCACAACAUAA